AGCAGUAUAAUAAAGCUAUUGCUGAUAUCAAAAGCAACUUGUUGAACAUUUUAUAAAAUUGAAGCAUUCGUCCAGUUCUUUUCAGGCCGAGCACACCAGUUGCCAAGUUCAAAAUGUCAACGAUUGUGAGGAAACUAAUCAGCACUACCAAUGCGGCCAAGCCAGUUGCUCCCUACAACCAGGCUGUGGUGGCUGAUCGUACUGUGUACGUGUCUGGAUGUCUGGGCUUGGAUAAGGAUACCAUGAAGCUGGUUCCUGGUGGACCCACCGAGCAGGCUGAGAAGGCUCUGGAGAAUCUGGAGGCCGUCCUUAAGGCAGCCGAUUCUGGAGUGGACAAGGUUGUCAAGAACACCGUGUUCCUGAAGGAUCUUAACGACUUUGGAGCUGUCAACGAGGUUUACAAAAAGGUGUUCAAUAAGGACUUUCCGGCUCGAAGCUGUUUCCAAGUGGCCAAACUGCCCAUGGAUGCCCUGGUGGAGAUCGAGUGCAUUGCCUUGACCGGAUCCGUCAAAACUGAAACUGUCCAAUAGCCAUCAAAGCCCAGUAAACUGUGAGAUAAUAAACUGAAUUUAAACUAGA